AUGGUUCCGGUACGUGCCGUGGAGGAUGGCACAUGGAUGCUGAUGGACUUGCCUCCCGUGGAUCUUCAAGAACAGCAGUGGUUGUGGAUCAAACGUCGACGCACUCGAGCUCAUCCUUUAGAACUGUGGAUUGAUCGCGGAAACGAACACGGCAAUUUGGGGACUACUCCAUGA